AUGCACAAAAUCUCUCUGCUUCAGGGCAAGCCCGACAAAGAGAAAAUCGGGAUGCUGAAGGCGCUCCCGCUUCCUCCGCCUGCGAAGAUCAUCCUCGGAAUGAUGCACCUCUCGGCAGAGGCCGAUGCGUUCAAACUGCUCAAACCGAUCGCAAAGGAAUCGCUCACGGACUCGCUGCUCUCCCGCCCGCCAAAGCUGCAGCGGCGUCACUUUUUCGCCGGGCUGCUCACUGGGAUCAAGGAGUACACGUCGGACGAGGAAGAGGAGGAGGAGGCGGCCGACAGGGCGCAGAGGCACUCCAUAGGCUCGGCGGUCUGGUUGGCUGCGAAGCGGCAGAAGAAGUCCUGA